AUGGUAGUGAUGAGAGGUAGGAGGUUGGACAAUAACCUCUAUCGCAUGGAGGGAUCUGUGGUGACCAAAGAGUUUGAUGCAGCAACUGCAGCACAGGACAAGCAGGGGGCUUACAGGAUGUGGCACUAUCGCCUAGGCCACAUGGGUGACAAGGGGCUGAGGGAGUUGAUCAGGAGAGGACUCAUUUCUGAUCUGAAGGAUGGUGCUACAGGGGAGAUCUGUGAGCCUUGCCAGAUGGGAAAGCAGAGGAGAGUUCAGUUCAACAUCAGUACAACCCACAGUGCAGCCCCUCUGGAGUUAGUACACACAGAUGUGUGGGGACCAGCCCCAGUUUCUAUUGGAGAAUGA